CCCUGCCGGCAGCCGACAACAAUUCCCCCAUCCAACCUCCUCCGGCAAUCCGCCUUCUUCACACCAGAAGGAAAGAGCUCCGAAGAAGAAGAAUUAGAGGGAAGAAAGAUGAGACCGCCGCUGAAGAUCAGGAUCGGAUUGUUUCUUCUCUUAUCGGUUUACCCUCUCUCCCUCGUCGCCCGGCCAUUCGUCCUCGUCCUCUCUCAGGACGACCUCAAGGACGUCUCCACAACUCCUGCCGAUUCCGACGAUCUCUCCUCCUCCGAGUCCCAGUCCGAAUGGGACGAGUUCGGCGACUCCGAUUCCAAGCCCGACCACCAGCUCGACCCUGGCUCAUGGCGUCCAAUUUUCGAGCCCGACUCUUCCUCCUCCGCCGCCGCCAAUGGCGAGAUGGCAGGCUACUACGAGGUAGUUGAGAAGAUGCUCUCCGCUGUGACCAAUGGAGAGAUCAGGUUGAUGGAGGAAGCCGCCGCUGAAAUCGAGGCGGCAGCCACGGAGAAAGGCAAUCCCCACGCUCAGUCGUUGCUGGGGUUUCUCUUCGGGAUGGGCCAGAUGCGGGAAAUGAGCAAAGCCAAGGCGUUUCUCUAUCACCACUUUGCUGCCCAGGGAGGGAGUCUGCAGUCGAAGAUGGCGCUAGCUUAUACCUACUCCCGUCAGGAUAUGUAUGAUAAAGCGGUUAAAUUGUAUGCUGAACUAGCCGAAGUGGCGGUCAACAGUUUCCUGAUCUCCAAAGAUUCACCUGUCAUCGAACCUGUUAGGAUUCACAAUGGAGCAGAAGAGAACAAGGAUGCUCUUAGGAAGUUUAAAGGCGAAGAGGAUGAGGACUUUCAGAUUUUGGAGUAUCAGGCUCAAAAGGGCAAUGCUGCUGCUAUGUACAAAAUUGGUCUGUUCUACUACUUUGGUUUGAGAGGCUUGAGGCGUGAUUAUGUUAAGGCCUUGUCGUGGUUCUCUAAGGCUGUGGAGAAAGGGGAACCCAGAUCAAUGGAGCUUCUUGGGGAGAUUUAUGCCAGGGGAGCUGGAGUUGAGCGGAACUAUACCAAAGCUCUCAAAUGGCUUACACUUGCUUCAAGACAGCAACUUUAUUCAGCCUAUAACGGCAUGGGGUAUCUUUAUGUCAAAGGAUAUGGAGUGGAGAAGAAAAACUACACCAAAGCGAAGGAAUACUUUGAGAAAGCUGCCGAGAAUGAGGAGCCUGGGGGCCAUUAUAACCUUGGAGUCAUGUUUCUUAAAGGAAUUGGUGUAAAGAGAGACAUAAGGCUGGCUUGUCAGUAUUUCAUAGUUGCAGCUAAUGCUGGUCAACCCAAGGCAUUUUAUCAGCUGGCCAAGAUGUUCCAGACAGGUGUUGGACUUAAAAAGAAUCUGCCAAUGGCUACUGCACUGUAUAAACUGGUUGCAGAAAGAGGACCAUGGAGUUCUUUGUCUAGAUGGGCAUUAGAAUCUUAUCUCAAGGGUGAUGUCGGCAAGGCAUUUCUGUUGUAUUCCAGAAUGGCGGAGAUGGGCUAUGAGAUUGCUCAAAGUAAUGCUGCAUGGAUCCUUGACAAAUAUGGAGAGAGGAGCAUGUGUGUAGGGGAAUCUGGAUUCUGUGGUGAUGCAGAGAGGCAUCAACGUGCUCAUGCACUGUGGUGGCAAGCUUCCGAGCAGGGUAACGAGCAUGCUGCCCUACUGAUUGGCGAUGCAUAUUACUAUGGCAGGGGUACUGAAAGGGACUAUGAGCGUGCAGCAGAGGCUUACAUGCAUGCUAAAUCUCAAUCUAAUGCACAGGCCAUGUUCAACCUAGGAUAUAUGCACGAGCAUGGUCAAGGCCUUCCACUGGACCUCCAUCUUGCUAAGCGUUACUAUGAUCAAGCAUUAGAAGUUGAUUCUACUGCAAAGUUGCCUGUGACACUUGCCCUAACUAGCUUGUGGAUUCGAAAGAACUAUGGCGACAGUUUCAUGGUUGACAUGAUUGAUUCACUGCCUGAAGUGUACCCAAGAGUGGAAGCGUGGGUAGAGAAUGUGAUAAUGGAAGAAGGAAAUGCAACAAUAUUGACUCUGUUUGUGUGUCUUCUCACUGUGCUCUACCUACGAGAGAGGCAGCGUAGGAACGUGGGUGCCGUGGUAGCUCACCAACCCAAUGAGCAGGAUAUUAUGCCUCCGCCAAAUUAGUCUGUUUGUGGACACUGUUAUUCCAGGAAGAAGCAUGCGCUUGUGUACAGAGCUAAUUUAGGAACUGCAGUUUUGGCACCAGAAGAGUGAGAUCAGUUUCAGCAACAAUGUUCUAAAGGAGGGAGUCAAGUGAAGUGAAGUGAAUUGGGGCUGAUUAAAUUAGCUCAAGGGCU